AUACGUGAACAAAAAGCUAUUCGUCAACGAAAACAAGUUAUACAAUCAAUCAUUGAUGUACAAAAAUCUAUACAACAAUUAAAUGAACUCGAUGAUGCAAUUAAUCUAUCAAAAAUUGAUAUAAGUGAAAUGAUUGAACGUGCUGUUGUUCAAUUUAGUUUUAUUUCUAUACAAUUAGAUAAAUGUGGUCAAAAUGAAUCACAUGUUGAAUCACUUAAAUUAGUUAUAGAAAAUUUACGUCGUGUAUUUGAAAAACGUUUAACAACAGCUUUUAUAAAUGCAUAUCGUGAAUCAAAUAUGUCAUUAUUAGCAGAUUCUCUCAAAGGUUUAGCUUCUAUUUCACUUCAAACUAUUGCUGAACAAACAUUUGCAAAUGAAAUUGUUCGACCUUAUAUGGAAAAGACUGUGCAUAAUGCAUUAGUUCAGUCAAUAAAUAUAUCAUUAGCAUUUGAUAAAACAUUAGAUUUUAUUCGUACAGAAUGUAAAGCAAUGCUUUAUGUUGUUGAACGUAUAAAUCGUGAAUGUGGUAGUCAAUUUGAUUUUGUUGUUAAUUCAAUAUUUCCUGAAUUAACACGACAUCUUGAACAAUCAUCUGAUAUGUUAUUUUUUGUUGGUGAUCCUGAUAUAUUUCAUGAAAGAUAUACAUAUUGGUUAAAAUUUCUUGAACAACUUCAAAGUAUUUUAUCAAAAAUAAGUGAACAAAAUUUAAAAAAAUCGAAAACAUAUCUUGAAUUUUCAUCACGAUGGGAUUUAGUUGUUUAUUAUCAAAUAAGAUUUCAAGAAAUAUCUAAUUCAAUUGAAAAUAUUAUUGUUAAACAACCAUUUCUAUUAAAUGAAGAAAAAAAUUCUUUAUUUAAAACUCUUAUUACAUCAACAAUAUUUCAAUCUAUUGAUCGUUGUUGGCAAACAAAUGUUUUUCUUGAACCAUUAUCACAUCGAUUUUGGAAAUUAACUUUACAAUGUAUUGUUCGAUUUCGUGUUUGGAUUGAAACAUUUAAUAUAAAAACAACCGAUACUAAAUUUCUUUUAAAUCUCUAUGUUGAUCUUCAAACAUUUUCUAAUGAAGUAAACAAAUUUUUUCAUAGUAUUAUUCUUGGUCAACGACUUACAUCAAUUAUUUCACUAUCACCCAAUAUAACAACCGAAUUAACAAAUAUUUUGAAUGAAACACUUUCAAGUUUAACUGAUCAAUGUCGUACAAAUUUAAAAAAUUUAGUUAUUGAACAAUUAAUAGAACGAUGUAAUGAAACACUUCAUUCCAUACAAGAAAUACCUCGAAUGUAUAGAAAAACAAAUCGUGAAGUAAGUAUUACAAAUAU